AUGAGAUUCCUUCUAUUUGUGUUGCUCUUCUCAACUUCUCUUCAAUUGGUUUCAAGCUUAACUGAACAUCAAAAAUCCGCCAAAAGAUUCUGGAUAUCUUUCGUCAAACAUAUGAGUGAGCGAAACCCUAAUAUUCUUGAGCGAGAAUUUCAACUCUACAAUAAUGGUGUUUUUGCAGAGAAUUAUGGUAAGUGGUGUCAAAAUGAAUAUUUCUCAAGGAUUUCAAAAUUUCAGAACAAUAUGCUGAGGAGAUAAGAGGGCAAAGUGAAAAAGAGGUUCAGGAGUGGCGUGAUAUCUACGAGAAAAUAUUAAAACACUCAGAUGAUCAAUGGGAACAUGACUUCAAGAAUGAGUUAUCCGUGACAAGAAUAAUGGAUGGUCUUCUUCAAUUUAAACAACCUGGUAUGACAUCCGUAUUGUAUCGUCCUAUGGGAUCUCGGGGAGAUUACACACUGUUAAAAGUGGAUUGGGUAUACUAA